CUACAAUGGAUCGACUAUGCAUACAUAUAAUCGAGCAUACGGACCGGACCUCCUUUCAAGUCCAGUUCUGUCCGACACGGAAUUUAACUAGGUAAUCAGUCCGUCCACGAUUGAAACAUACAACUCCUGUCCAAGCACAUGAAUGACAUGCUGAAAAGCAGAUAAGGCGUGGUAAUUAAGUGAAGAUCUCGCCGUGCUCUUCUAUAUUUAAUUACACAAGAUGACGACUCGAAAUGCGACAGUCUACAUGACACUUCUGGCCUUCAGCCCUCCAGCAACAACUCUCGCGUGCCAUCUCGCAGGUAUCAAUGUCAUAUCAGGAACAUCCCUAGCGACAAAGACAAUAUGCCUGGUUGCGUAUGCAUUCAUCCAAUACAGCCUGGUGCUUCCCUACUUCACAUCUCCCUUACGACACCUUCCAACGCCCCAAACAGACCGCUUUAUCUGGGGCCAUGGCGAAAUCAUGCUCGACCGGCCACCGGGCGCGAAGCUACUGCGUUGGAUGAAGGAGAUCCCAAAUGACGGCCUGAUCACUUUCCGAACGUUCUUCCAUAUUGGUCCGAUCGUGCUUCUUACUCGACCGGAUACGCUGAUGCAGGUGCUUAAUACGCAUUCGUAUGACUAUGAGAAGCCUGCUCCGGCGCGCAAGUUUCUACGGAGAGUCCUUGGUGAUGGCCUAAUCAACGUGGAGGGUAACGAGCAUAAGCGGCAACGAAAGACCAUAACGCCGGCUUUCACGGGGCGACAUAUCAAGGAUCUCGUGCCCUUGUUCUGGAGUAAAUCCCUUAUGCUUGGUGAUGCAGUCGUAAAGACUGCAGCAUCAAAUGGAGGCAUCAUCGAAGUCUCAGCGCUGGCUUCGCGUGUAACGCUGGACAUCAUCGGCGCCGCAGGGAUAGGCAAGGACUUCUCCACCACGGAAAACGCGGAUCAUGAGCUUGCGCAGAAAUACGAUAUCAUCACCGAUACCAAGGGCAAAGGAAACCUAGUCCUGUACUUCGCCGUCAACCUUGUCUUCCCGCAAUGGCUGAUCCGGAAACUGCCGCUGAAAGCAAACGCACGAGUCGCGAAUGCGCUCUUCGAUCUGCGCAGGAUCAGCAAAGACCUGCUCGCCGAGAAGAACAGAGAUAUGGAAGAGAAGACUGUCCAGGAGAAGGACAUCAUCGCCAUCCUCAUGCGUUCCGGCGUGUUCAACGACGACGGCCUCACAGACCAACUCCUAACCUUUCUCGCCGCAGGCCACGAAACAACCGCAUCCGCCCUGACAUGGGCCACCUACCUCCUCGGCCGCCACCAAGCCGUCCAAGCCCGCCUCCGCACCGAAGUCCACCAAACCAUCCCCGCUCUCGACCCCAACACCCCCGCAACCGCAGACCUAAUCGACUCAAUGCCCUACCUCGACGCCGUCUGCAACGAAGUCCUCCGCAUCUACCCCACCGUCCCCGUCACCGCGCGCAUCGCCGUGCGCCCGACGCAGAUCAACAACACCCCGAUCCCCACCGGCACAUCCGUCAUGAUCUCGCCGUGGGCAACGAACCGCCUGCCCAGUCUGUGGGGCGAGGACGCGGAGGUCUUCCGGCCGGAGCGCUGGCUGGGCGAGGAGGGCAAGUGGGGCGGGGCGACGAGUGGGUAUGCGUUUGUGACGUUUUUGCAUGGGCCGAGGAGUUGUAUUGGGCAGGGGUUUGCGCGGUAUGAGUUGAAGUGUAUGUUGGCGGUGUUGGUGGCGCGGGUGCGGUGGGAGUUGAGGGAGAGGGAUGUGGAGCCGAUGCCGGAGGGGACGUUGACGAUUAAGCCGAAGGGGGGCAUGGAGAUUGUUGUUGAGGAGUUGUAGGGGGGAGGUUGGGCCUUGGAUGGUCUCUUUGUAGGUUGGAGAAAGGGGAUGCUGGAGAUUAAGAACCUCGGGUGCGCAAGUUGCCUCUGGUGAAAAGCUGAGCUGAUGGAGUAUGCGGCUUGAAAAAUUUCGAUUGCGACAUUGGCAAUAUUCUGGAAGCCAGAUGUUGGACGAUUAGUGAUCAAUAUAAAAAGGGGUACGACACUUAUCGCCACCAGCAUUGAGUAGAUGCAAAACGGUCAAGAUAUGACCUAGAUGAGGAUAUGUAUAUUAUAUAUGAAUAUGAAUCAGCUAAAAGAU